CUCGGUUACUUCCCAACACCAACCACGAAACUUCAUUUUCUAUUACAAAUUAAAAGACUUCUACUUAUAUAUCAGUUGACUGACUUUCUAUCUCACUUAUCAUUUGCUUUAAUUCUAUAUAAACACUACACCAUUUCAAAGAACAUUUAAACUACAAAAUUUAUCAACAAGCUAUACUUAGAUUCACAUAUCUUCUCUUUCCAAAUCUUUGUUUGCAAUAAUUUUAAUUUCAGUUGAUAUUCAGUUUUCCUUUCAAUUCCUGUUCAAAUGGCUGCCAAACGGAUUGGUACUGAUAUCGAAAACGAUGAUCAACCAAAAGAAAAAAGGAUGAAAUCCAUGCCUUCUUUUGCAUCUGUAAUAGGAGAAGUAAUGAUGGCCAGGUCUUUGCAAUCAUUCGUCAAAUCAUUUGAACCAUUGCUUAGACGAGUGGUUAAUGAAGAAGUUGAACGUGGCAUUCAAAGAACCAUGCGUACCAUGACUAGGGUACCAUCGUUUAGAAUACAGGCACCAGAACCAGCUUGCAUGAAAUUAAUGUUUGUAAAUAAAAAUUUGCCAACAAUAUUUACAUGCAACAAAAUAACAGACAUUAAUGGAGAUUUACUCAAUGUCAUGCUAGUUGAAAAAAUAGGUGACCAAAUCAUACGAAAGGUUCCACAACAUCCUAUCAAGGUUGAAAUUGUAGUCAUCGACGGAGAUUUCCCGUCCACGGAUCGUGAUUUAUGGACCGUCGAUGAGUUUAAUGGAAAAAUCGUUAAGGAAAGAUCAGGACGACGUCCACUCAUUGCCAAAGAAGUGAAUUACACUAUAAAACAUGGGUGUUGUGUAACGCUAGGCGAAAUCGAGUUUACGGACAACUCUAGCUGGAUUCGAAGUAGGAAAUUCAAACUUGGUGCAAGAGCGGUUCCUGGAACCUCAAGUGAUGGUAGAAUUCUUGAAGCUUUAACUGAGGCUUUUAUUGUCAAAGACCAACGUGGUGAAGUAUACAGGAAGCAUUAUCCACCAAUGCUUGAAGAUGAAGUAUGGCGUCUAGAGAAGAUUGGUAAAGAUGGGAAAUUCCACAAAAGACUUGAACUAGCCGGCAUUAAAACUGUGCAAGAUUUCUUAAAAUUAUCUGCUAUUGACUCAAUCAAGCUCAAGAAGAUACUAGGUGAGAAAGCAGGAAUUUCAGAUAGAAUGUGGGACUCAAUAUUGAAGCAUGCAAAAACGUGCAACAUUGGCAACAAACUUUACAUUUAUCAAGGAUCAAAUUUUACCAUCACUUUGGAUGCUACUUGUAAUAUUUUUAGCAUACACAACAUUGAUGGGGAAUUAUACUCCACUUCAGAUUUCAGAUCUUAUGUUAAGAAUGAGACAAUAGAUGAGUUGGUGAAGAACGCGUAUAAAAAUUGGGCUUCCUUGCAUGAAGUGGACAGACCAGUCAAUGAGUCUUUGCAGCAUUUUCAAGGGAAUAAUGGGGCAGAGAGUAGCACUCAUCAACAAUGUGUAAUGCCAUACGAGAUAGUAGGUGGUGGACAAAAUAUGGGAAUAGAAGGUGGUGAUAUGAUUCAAAACAAUCUACCAAUGGAGUUAAUUGGAAAUUGGGCUGCAUCACCGCAACUCUUGCUCUAAAGAUAUAAUAUAUAAAGCUAAAUGUAAAUAUUUUACAUAGUUGUGUUUAGUGUGGUACGUAGUUUAUUUACACCAUAUAUGUAGCGGAAACUAUUUUAUUUACCCUUUUUAUUUGCUAAUCGAUAAACACCAUUAUGUUUUAGGUUUCUCUCCCCAUGUUUCCAUGCGUGGAGUUACACUAUAUAGGCUAUAAUGUAAUAGAUUUAACGGUUUAUCAGUCACGAUAUAUUAAAUUGUACGACAAUGUAUGUGUUUUUUUAUUUUA